AUGCAGACUCCGUCCAUAUCUUGCUCGUAUCGCGGAAAGGACUUUCGAGCCCGAAACCUUGCUAACACACAAGGCGCUGCAGCAGCGAUAGCCUUUCUACGUAAACAACCAGAACUGACGACUGCCAGCUUAUCCAUCCCCGACUUUGAGCGCUUGUGGCAUGCUUUCAAACUCAGUUUCAUGCACCAUCAAAACUCAUCUCAACUCCUGAAUUUCGAAGAGACUCGCCUACAGCUCCGGAACGGACAACGAUUCCGCUGGUCGGCUUCGGGCAUUCCGAUCGACACCUAUUUCAUCUUUGUCUUCACCUUCUUCCAGCGCCGUUCAAGCGCUUCUGCUUGUACCAGUGUCAGGGAUGCUCGUCGAAUCUUGAACCAACCGCCAACCAUUGAGCUUCAUCGUUGUACCUACUUAUCCAACUCCUGGUUUUGCUUCACCUUACCAUCCGCCGUGCCUGUUGUUCUCGAUCUGCUUCAAAUGCUUCAACGAACCAUUGCCUUCCAGAUCCAAGCCUGGUCCAUUGAAGAAUUUCAUCUUUUUUGGCAGACCAUACAAUACGUUGCAGCAACAGACGAGCGUCGAGUUAAGAUUUCCCGCUCCUACGCUGACCAACCCUGGCAACGGACUAUAGAUAGCCAUCAUUUAAUCACUGCUGCUGAGCUUCUCCAUUUUCUUCACCGUCAUCAUCCCAUGGAUUUGCAAGCCUUUCUUCAGUGCUUUGACACCUGCCUGCUUCUCCCAGCUGCUUCUUGGACCUAUCAUUGCCAAACUCUUGCAGCUCGCAUCGAGGCUCUCGCGAAAGCUUGCCAAACAACCGCUCGUGAAGUCCAUCCAUACCAAUCUGAUGCAUUUGACAGUUCCCAUGAGCCUGCCUAUCUCCAGCGACACCGUUCCCUUUCCCAGAGCGCCGAACAAUGGCCAGGAGCAGUUCCAUCCUUAGAACUACGACAACAUCUCGCGUCCGGUCGUGCAUCUUUCAUCCGUUGCAUGGAAGCUCCUGCUCAAUGCACUUUCUGCGCAUGUCCGACUCCUGCUCACCAAGCCAUUCUUCUUGAUCUUCGCCACCUGCACGGCGGUUGUUUGGCUCUACAUCCUCUACUUUCUGGCCAAGCCUAUGUCCUUCGAAACCAUACUCGAUUCGCUGACCACUUGCCGCUUACUUUCCUUGGACUCACCUGGGACGACCUUAAAGACAUCUGCGUUCCUCUUCCUGAUGGUUGGCUUCUUCAUUUUUCAUCUUCGGCAGCCCUCGCAGACUGGACUCAAUCAGCUCAUGAUAUUUCUACAUCUUUGUCCUGCCUAUGUUGCCCUUCUUGCGCAGAAAGCCUUACAAAAAAAACACCACAAUUGCCUCCAGCUGCGCUCGCAAAUGACAACGCUUGCCUUCAUCCACCUCCCGCUUUGCAGAACUUAUCUCUUGGGGAACAGAUGUUCGUCGCCCGUGGCUUUGCUCUUCGACGCCUCCGAACCCUCUCUUCCUCUGGAGAUCCAGAAUCUCGACAACAGGGCUUGCUUGGUACUGCUAGUGCGAUUGCUUUCCCACAGAACAGUCUCUCUGUCUUGCAAGCUUUACCAACCAGCGCUGAACAUCUUUCAGAUUAUCUUAGCAUCUUCUUCACCGAUGCAACUAUCUCCAAUUUGCGCUCGGCCAAAGAGUUUGUUGUUCGACGCUCUGCCGUGCACUCGGCUUUGACCUGGCUUGUCUCUCACAAUCCCUAUUAUGCAGAUGUGCAGAUCGAUCCAAACGCACUGGGCCAGCUUCCUGUCAACGAAAUACCUCCUGCCUGGCUUGCAGUUGCACAAGCCACUGAGCAGACAGUCGAGCGCUGCCUCGGUCCCGCAGAUGCUUCCUCUGUCGACACCGCUUUGCCUUCGUCCAUCCAUGCCGCUGUCCUUACACCCGGUGAAGAUGCAUCUGAUCCACUUCACCUUUGGGACACCGCAUUGACUGCGUGCCAACGAUAUGAGCGUCAGUCCACAGACUCUUCGACUGACGCGUCCUGUCAUGUGCACCUGGCUCAAGAAGCACUUCGACAAUUGGUAUCAAUGUCUGAUCAUCGCACAUUCCACGUCGAUAGUCGCCAUCAGACACCACCAUCCAAUCAGCUGCAAAAGAUUUAUGCGUAUCUUCCUCAUUCAGAUACUCCUCUAGACAGCUAUCAUCCAUCCUUCUGGACUCUAUGCUUCCCAUGCUUGUUCCCAUGGGCAGACAGCUUGGACGGGCAUCCACGUCCGGUUUUUCUCACGGAUCAUGCCUGGGCAAGUCAUCUCCUACGUCGUCUCGAUCGUCCACCUGAAACGCAUUGGCGAAUGGACCUCGAUUUCGUUGCUCUUCUGUUUUCAAUUCUCCAUCGACGUCGCCUUCUUCGCGCAGUCCGAAUCCGUGUUCGCUCCCCAAGCUUCAAGGCCGCCAUUCCACAUUUCUGUGCCCUGCGCACAAUGGAUUUUACCAACCUUGCAAACACGCUUAGUGAGCUUCUUGGCCUCAUACUUUAUUCCUCCCCCUUUUUCUUUCUUUUCUAUUAUACAUAG